CUGGGCGUUAUUAAAUUUACAACCUAAAGGAGGUACGGUGUGUCUUUUCACAUUACACAUGCAGAACCUGUCUAAUACUGCAGCCAGUGGUUUGUCCUUAGCUGUCUUUUUAAAUGUGUUUGGGCUGUGAAGGCAGCUUGGCGUUCUUGAUACUGACAGCUCGACUCUUUAUGUUAGCUGUUUGUAGUGGCAGUUUUAUAUUAUGACAAUGUGUGCCUGGCUCUGUUUUUACACUCAUUAAAUCGUAGACCGUAGACGAUGACUUACUCACUGUCAGAAACAGAUGAUUGGCCAGAAGCGUUGGAGGAACACCAGCGAUUUAGGGUUUCACAUUUACUAGGUAUUCUCCAUUCUAGAAAUCCUCACCUGAUUAGUCUGUAUCUUCAGCAUUCCCUGAUUGUCUAAGGCAAACUUGCAUAACUGCACGUCUAGCAAGGUCUCCCUCUCUCUCUCUCUCUCUCUCUCUCUCUCUCUCUCUCUCUCUCUCUCUCUCUCUCUCUCUCUCUCUCUCUCUCUCUCUAACGGCUCAGGUUUGCCAAAGGUAGAGAUAAGGCAUUGAGAGACAGAUGAGCACAAUGAGCUAACCCAAAUAUUUAAUGUGCUUUGCUGAGUGUCGUUUUAUGCACUUUUGUUCUCUUCCACUAUUCCAGUUUAUUUUUUCUUAUUGUAUUUUAACUCCCUAACAUACGGCACCAUUUUUUAAAUCAUUUACAUAUAAUCUUCUCUGACAUAUCACAAUCAUGGAGGUUACGCCUUCUAACCCCAACUCUUCCUUGCCACCACCACCUUUCCCAAUAAGUCCAGCUAUGGCUCCAUCUGUACAACUCGGCGUCACCAUAGUUUAUACAUGUCUCUACGGAAGUUUGUUCUUGAUAGUGUAUGUUCAGCUUUGGCUGUUAUUUCUGUACCGCCAUAAAAGGUGGUCCUACCAGAGUGCUUUUCUUUUCCUCUGCCUGUUCUGGGCGGCCCUUCGUACUACACUUUUUUCCUUUUACUUUGGUAAUGCUCUUGCGGCCAACCACCUUCCCACUCCAAUCUACUGGCUCCUCUACUGUUGUCCUGUGUGCCUGCAGUUCUUCACUUUGAGCCUCAUCAAUCUGUACUUUACCCAGGUUUUGCUCAAAGUUAGAGGAUUAUUCAAGAUGGAACGCAGUAAAGGAUUGUGGGUGGCUCGUUGUGUGUACGCAGCCAUGAGUGCUGUCUUCUUAUGCGUCAAUGUGGUUUGCGCCAGCCUUGGGGAGCGAGGAGGCACAGGUGGAGUUGGAAACAAAACCUGGAGGCUGGUUCUGAUCCGAGUGCUGGUGAACGACUUGCUUUUCAUUGCAGAGGCCGUGUGUCUGGCCACUUCCCUCCUUCUCCUGACCCGAUUCUCUCCGUCCACCAGCCCUUAUCUACACAGCAAGGGGACCACUGUUUGCCGGACUGCAGUGUUGGGAGCUGGUGUAAUCUUGCUUUUCUUGAGUAGAGCAUGCUAUAACCUUACUGUGCUCAUCCUGUCCCAAAAUCACAAGGUAGCAUCCUUUGGCUUUGACUGGUACAACAUCUCAGAUCAGGCUGAUCUUCGUAGUGAACUUGGAGACACAGGCUAUAUCGUGUUUGGGGCUAUACUUUUCAUAUGGGAGCUUCUACCUACCAGCCUCCUCAUUCUGAUAUUCAGAGUACCACGUCCUCCCCAAGAAGCGAGCUGCAGUCCAGCUAUUAACACAAGGGGCCCACGUUCUUAUUUCUUUGAUGACCCACGGGGGAUGGAUGGCGACACUGGUGCUACAUGGUCACACAGCCUGCGUCCUAAUAACAGCUGGUUUGGCUCCACUGAGACAACUCCACUCCUCUUCAAUAGGACAGAGCAGACCAGCCAGCAUCACUCCCUCUACUCGACUCCACAGAACUGAGCUCUUCACAAGGGAUUUUAGGGAUUUGACUCUGAUUAUUCUCAGGCAGUACUGCGUCAGUACCUCGUCCUGUGGAGACCAAUAGGUAUUAUUUGCACUGACGCUUUGUACUCAGGCUUGCACAUUGUAUUUUUUUUUAACUGUUAACAGAACUAAAAGAAAUCCUUGUGACUUAAUACAUGUACCGUUUAAGGGGAUUUGCAGGCUCUACCCUGUUUACAUAAAUAAGGACCAAUACAUUGCUAUUUUUUCACUUAUAUAAACUUUUGAUAUUGGUUAAAAUAAUGGAGCAUUAGUGGAACUGACUCCUACUUUAUCAACUAAUAUGUCUUUCUCUUGGUUUCAGAAAACUGACAAAUGUGAAUCAAUGAAUAUUUGUUAAAUUUAAAUGUUCUUAAAGGGAAGUGUAAGGGACUAUGAUCCACUUAUUUUUCUGUAUAUUUUAUUAAUAAUUUAACUGCAUUGUUUGCAUUAUAAUGGAUUCCACAAAAGACUUUAGAUUGUAUUUUUCCUACAUUGUAGAAAAGUAAAGCGCAAAGGAAAAAAAACACUGACAUGAACAGUUUAUUCUGCAGUAUGUACAGAUUCUCCUAUUAAAACACUUUAUACAGUA